AUGUGGGACGACGAAGACAACAAUCCCUACGGUUCCUUUGCCCGACAUGACUCCAAUGCCUCAGACACGCCAGGCCUAGCCUCACCCUCAGCCCUGCCGUACCGUCCCGCUACGCCGCCUUCCGAGGCUUCCUCCCCCGCACAAGAAUCUCCCGAGUAUGUCGCACAGCGGGACAUGAGCGAUGUCGACUACAACGAGGAGCAAGAGGGCGAAGAAGCCAAGGCACCCAAGAAGGGCGGCUACGACGCGCGAGUCGAACAAUGGCUAUACGAGCAUCCAGACCAGCUGGUACUCAUAACCAUGGCGGGCAAGGACGGCGUGAACUUCAUACAGUACACUAUUAAUUGCGGUGGCCUCGAAGUAAAGCGUAGGUACUCGGAGUUUGCCUCGUUGCGCGCGACCCUGGUCAAUCUACACCCCACGCUCAUAGUCCCCCCAAUACCCGAGAAGCACACCAUGGCAGACUACGCCGCAAAACCAACCAAGGCGAAAGAGGAUGCCGGCAUAAUAGAGCUGAGGAAGCGCAUGUUGGCCGUGUUCCUGAACCGCUGUAGGAAGAUGAAGGAUGUCUUGGAAGAUGGUGUCUUUUGGAGAUUCCUCGACCCAUACACCAGCUGGAAUGAUGUACUCAACAGCCCCCCGGUUACCGAUAUCCCAAAACAGAUCCUCAAAGCACCCCCGCUCGACACCGCACACCCCACCCAAGCGCACAGCUACCUCCCAGUCCCCUCAUCCUCUGCCAAGCUGAAGUCUGGCGGCCCAACUUCGAGUUCAGGUACGCCUGUAUCGCCGGCAAAUGCAUUACCUUCUGUAGCCGCACAUACGACCCCAGGGCCACAGAUCUUCGGUCGCUUUCCCCCGGAGUCACGGACACUGUCAGAGGAAGAGCUAGAUCCAUACUUUGUCCAUUUUGAGACAUCAUCGAAAGAGCUGGAAAACUUGCUACAAGGCCCCAUGGAGAAGGUCAACAGGCGUUUACUGAUGCACCUAGGGAACUGGGGAGAAGACAUGGCAGAUCUGGGCGCCCGCUUCAACGCCUUUUCUCUCUCUGAACAGUCUCAAACACUCGCCGCGGCUAUAGAAAAGACUGGGCAGGCGGUCGACUCAACCUACAUUGCAACCGCAGAGCUAUCCUCCUCUCUUAGCGCAAGCUUCUCCGAGCCAAUGCGCGAAAGCGCACAGUUUGCCGGUGUCGUGCGUUCCGUCCUCAGAUACCGAGUGCUCAAGCGGAUACAAGAAGACAUGACCAAAGACGAACUCGAAAAGAAGCGCAAUCUGCUCGAAUCCCUUGAACGCAGCGAAGCAGAAUCCAAGCGAUUGGAACAGCACCUUAGUGGCACAGGCCACGCACCUCCUGCACGCAGCCGGGCAACGUCAAAUAGCUCGCAACGGAGUAGCGGCUCGGAACAACGACAACCAGAGGAAGAUAGAGUUUCUAUUGACUCAGACUUCCCCCCUACACAUGGCGAUCAGGUGCCCUCGAGCGCACAGGGUGUACCGGACAAUGGGCACUCGCCGCCGGGCAGCCCGCACAAGAAGUCGCCGAGUGGAAACUUUGUUACCAACAAGCUGUUCGGGUCCAUCACGCAUGCAUUCAGGGGUAUGGCGGACGUGGAUCCGGAGAAGACGAGAAGAGAUCAGAUUGGCAAGACUAGGGAUAGUUUGGUGCAGCUCGAGCAAGCGCUAGGUGUUGCCGAGAAAGACACCAAAGAUGCAAGUGCUGGUGUGAUGAAGGAUUUAAGGAGGUUCCAAGAUGAGAAAGAGAAUGACCUGCGGAGGUAUAUGAUGGAGUUUGCACAAUGCCACGUUGACUGGGCAAAACGGAACAAGGCCGCUUGGGAAGAAGCAAAAGCCGAAGUGCAGAAUAUCCAACACCAUGCCGAGGAUUACCCAAGAAAUUCUAGCGAGAUGUAA